AUGACUGAGGUGAAAAGACGCCGAAGAAAACAAAAGCCACUGGAGGAGGCUAUACAGUUUGUAUUUCUAAAGAAGGACAAACAUGGGCUUGAGGGCAAAUUCAUUAGUGAUUUUAAAGGCAGGGGUGUGUUCAGCAGCACUCAUUUUGAUAAGGGUGAUUUCCUGCUUGAAUAUAGAGGUGACUUAAUAAGCAAGGAGGAGUGUGAGCGGAGGCAGAGGUUAUAUCAUGACGCCCUUAAAGUAUUUCUAUUUGAAUUUCGAUACAAUGGAAAACUUCUCUGUGUUGAUGCAGCCCGAGAUGACUGUUCCCUUGGGCGACUCGUGAAUGAUGAGCACAUCAAUCCAAACAGUAGGAUGAAGACCAUCCGUGUGGAUGGUAGACCUCACCUGUGUUUGUUUGCUUUGAGGAACAUAUUUCCUAGUGAAGAAAUCACUUACGAUUACGGCGAUUCAGAGUGGCCAUGGCGAUGCACGAUAACUCCUAAGACCCAGCUGUCAUCAGACACCAAUGAUUGUGAUGAGAUAACUCCUAAGACCCAGCUGUCAUCAGACACCAAUGAUUGUGGUGCGGCUGUGGGACUAGAUGAGGUCUGCAAACAUGAUGUUGUCGCUUCAGCAAUAUCAAGCAUGGACAAAUGUUCAAAAUGUGUGGGACCUAUUGCAGCAAUGAAGUGGCUUGGACUGAAAUGUAAAUUGUGCUCCUGUUUCUGGCACAAGUCCUGCUAUUCAAAGCUUCAUGAAUGGAAUAGAAAACAGUCAUUACAGGAAGUAAGUUCAGAGGAAGACGAGGUGUCAGAUGAGGAAUACAUACCGCAGUCUGAAUCAGAAAAUCAGUCAGACAGUUCAGAUGAAUUGAUAACAAAACCAAGACCAAGCUAUGAUCAAACUAAGCUGCUCUCACAUACACAGGAAGCUGCAUCCUCUAAGAUUAGUGAAGCUCUCAGAUCAGAUGUACCUACUCUGAAUGUAUCUAAGGGCAAAGGAAAAGGAGUCUUAAAGGCCAGAGAAGCAGCAUGUAUGUAUGAAGAGUCUGAUUUACUUUGCCAUGAGGAGCAGUUGACUGAUGUUGAGACAGACAGUGAAUCAGAUAGUUAUGGUGAAUGCCACAAUCCCAGAAAGCAAGGCUCAAAAGUAUGCAGGUCAGCAGAUGUGCUUAUGUCAUCAACCCGAUCACACAAAGAACAUGACAGUAGUGAGAAGCAUUUAAAUGCCAAAAGGGGAGCAGUGUUGAGAGAAGAAUUGAGGGAAAGCAGUGUGGCUGAAGAAGAUCAGUGUGUGCCGUCAGCAAAAAUCUCAUGUUCAGCAAAUAGUAAGAACUACUGUUACAUAUGCGGGAAACCUCAGACCAAGUUGGCACGCCAUUUGAAAACUCAUAAGGGUGAAGUUGAAGUUGCGCAGGCUUUGUCACUUCCAGUGCACUCGAAAGAACGUAAAGCAUUGCUCCAAAAACUCAGAAACAAGGGCAACUAUCAGCAUAACACAGAUGUUUUACAGUAUGGAGAGGGGGCUCUUAAAAUGAAAAGGGCACCAAAAAGAGAAUGCGAUGCAAAGCAGUUUGUGCAUUGCAUUUACUGCAAAGGGAUGUUUGUGCGGAGAGAUCUAUGGCGUCAUUUAAAAAGAUGUCCCUCAAAACCUGCGACAGACAGUGAAAACCAAGGGAGGACAAGAGUUUUGGGUUUGGCAACUAUGGCAGAGUCUUCAUUCAGUCAGCACAUAUCUCAAGGAGUUUGGAAAAUCUUGGGUGUGAUGAAGCAGGACGAAAUUUCCGCUGUUGUCAAAAAUGACCUGAGUAUUCUUCAGCUUGCACAGUCUUUCUUUAACAAACAUGGACAUGAUCCUAGCAAAUUUGAGUACAUUCGACAAAAGCUUCGUGAAAUUGGACUGUUGUUGGCAUUGCGUAGAGAGUUUUCGAUAUACAGUCUUGAAGAAGCUGUGAAGCCUGCCAAUUUUCAUACACUGAUUCAAGCCGUCCAGAGGGUGUCUGGCUAUGAUGGUGAGAGUCACUGCUACCAAACCCCAAGUCUCGCUCUGAAACUGGGGCAUUCACUGAAUAAGAUUUGCGAAAUCAUUCACUGCCGAGCACUGAUGUCUGAAGACAAGGAACUGAUUGUGUCAACAGAGACCUUCAAAAAACUCUAUUCCUCAAAGUGGUCUGAGAUGAUUUCACACACUGCUUUGGUCACACUGAAUGAAGCCAAAUUUAAUAAGCCAUCAACACUUCCCUUUACCAAGGAUGUACAGUGCCUUCAUCAGUUCCUUGAGAAGACUGCAUAUACAGCAUUUCACAAACUAAAAGAGACACCCUCUCAUCAAAACUACGCAGAACUGGCCAAAGCAACUCUUGCCAGAAUCAUUGUGUUCAACCGUAGACGCGCAGGGGAGGUCUCUAAAAUGCCACUGAAGGGCUUCAAUGAAAGGGACGGCACUUCUCUCCAUGAUGAUGUUGCUAUGGGCCUGAGCAAGUUUGAACAGAAACUCUGCAGCCAUUUUAGUCGUGUUGAGAUCAGGGGGAAAAGGGGAAGAAAGGUUGCGAUUCUUCUCUCGCCUGAUAUGGUCGAUGCCCUGACGCUGCUGGUCAGCAAGAGAAGUGAGUGUGGAGUGCUGGACACUAAUGCUUUCUUGUUUGCCAGACCUAACUGCCAGAGUCACUACAGAGGCCAGGACUCCCUCAGAGUGUAUGCAAGUGAAUGUGGAGCUCAGAAUCCACAAUUUCUAAGAUCAACUCAUCUACGCAAGCACGUGGCUACUCUCUCACAAAUCCUAAACCUGAAGAACAAUGAACUAGAUCAGGUUGCCGAUUUCUUAGGGCAUGACAUCCGCGUCCACCGCGACUAUUACAGGCUGCCAGAAGCCACUACUCAGCUUGCUAAAAUAUCUAAGUUACUCCUAGCCAUGGAAAAGGGCAGUCUACCUGAUCUUCAAGGAAAAUCACUUGAUGAAAUUGAAGUUGAAGGUAUGUCCAUCCUAGAGUAG